UCAGUGACAUGGCGGGCUUAUACCUUGCCAUGCUCGGCAUCGCGUUCGCAAUCGUCACUGUCUUCUACUUUGCUCUAGACGACAAGCAACGAGCUCUGCUUUUGAGCAGGUUUGGCCUUGACAGGCAACACAGACUGCCAUGGGCACCCCAAAGAACCCCAUCCCCAGCAACACAUCCUUCCGAGAAACCCACUCUUCCCAUCGGUCAACAGUACAAAGACACUUUUCCCNCUUGCAGACGCUCCGCCCUGGCCGGACUCACCGACACUCGCUUCAGCGUGGGCGGAAAGUCUGGCAAGGGCUUGAGCGAGCUGCCUCACAACACCGACAAGAGUCUUCCAGAUAAUGUCAACGUGCUGGCUUCACAGUACAAGAAACACUCCACGCCCACUGGCUUUACGGUCGAGGAGAUCAAAGCUCUGGGCAAUUUCCCGGAUUAUGCUGCGCUGAGCGGUGUGCCUCUGCCCGCAGCUCGUGCAGACUUUGACAUCAAGACUGCAAUGGCUAGACCCUAUCGUCCUUUUCGCUGGCAAUACCAUCAAACAAUGUCAUACAAANAACUGGAACCGGACUACUGGCUCGAACUCGACAAAGACUAUGCCACACGUAUAAAGCAACGACAAGAUCUCUUCGCCAGCCACGGCACCUCCAUCCUGCAAUCCCUCCCCGGCUCCGAGCUCGCCACAAAAGAAGCCAUGGAAAUGGUGCUCCAAUUCCUGUGCUCGCGCUACCCUCUCCACUUUACCCUCAAUUCUCGCACCUUGACAUUUACCAACAAGAUCCUCGGCACCGAGACCAAUCUGCGUGAAGUUGAUCCCUUGGAGGUGCUGUUGAAUAACGUGCCAGAGGACUUUGCAAUCGUACUCAGGGAUCCAGAGACUGGCGACUAUAGCUUUAGAGCGGGUGUGAUUUGUAGUGCCUUGGGCUGGAGUCUCGGCACAAAAAUUGGCAAAGACCUCAAGGAUAUCCACGCAGAGAUUCCAGACUACAAGGAAAAGAUGGAACUCUCGAUGGACAGUCUCGAGACCGAUAAACCGCUAUUCGCUCCCGUCCUUUCUCGCCCUUUGCCUUCUUCCCCUCCACCUCUUUCGCGUAUAAAUCUGCGAGUGGAUUGGCAAACCCUGCGUCGUCUCCCUCUCUCCGGCGCCAUCGUCUUCAACUACAAAGCCCUGUUUACACCCGUCACUUCUCUAGCCUCUGAACCUUGUAUCCCUGGCUUGCUUGCUAGAGUACUCAAAGAGGGCAAGAGAGAAUUAAUGGAAUAUAAAGGUGUGGACAGUGUAAAGGGAGUUGUGUUGCCUGCGUUGGAGGAAAUGGAUAAGCGGCAACGGCAAACAGGAUUGGUUGAUAAGGAGUGGGAAGUAAGUACUUUGAACGAGUAUCCUUGGUUUCCUGGGUGGGAGGGUAAGUGGCGCAAGGAGCAGGGUGUUUUGAGAGAGAGA